CUGCAUUUUAGUACUGCUUCGGAGCUACACACACUUUCGACUUCAUCCGCUUUCGCGCCGGUGAAGAAUGAACGUCGCCAUUCCCGCAAGCUUCGGACACUUCUCAGAAAAGUCACUGUGUUCAAGCACAAUCAUCUCACCUAUAAAACAUGCUUUGGCGCUCUUCAUGUGAAGACAGCAACAUGGCUUGUUGGAUUCAACGCUCUUAUUGUGAUUUGCUGCUCCUUGUUCUACUGCAUAUUUACUUCUCAAGAGCAACGGCGUCCGCAGCUCAAGCUGUUCGCGAUUCCAAUAACGGCUACGACAACGUGUUUGAUGUUUCUGUUUGUCGGAAUCAUACAGAAGAAGGCUAAGCUCUUCUACCCUUUCAUCGCACUACAGCCGAGUGCCAGCUCGAAGGCUCUUCAGGUCACCACUGCUUUUGUCACCGCUGUCACCAUGGGAAUGAUAGGUAUCUCUGUAGUCUGUAACACCAGAUACGUUCUUCGUCAUCUAGUCGACGUCAGUGUUCCGGAGAUACAGUACAGUGAGUCUCAACUUAUCUACAGGUUUUUAUCAUUCUCUGAAUUCUCAUCUCUCCAACACCUUCCCCGAACAUUCCCAGUGUCGUAUUUACACGAGAUUUGA